CGUCGUCCGUUACUUUUCCUCUUUUAUCACACUAUUAGCGCUGGUUCCGAUUUUAGGUCCUCAAUUGAAAUUUUACAGCCUUAAUAACUAUCGCCACUAAUUUUAUCUUUUAUCUUCCCUUUCCUUUUAUACGCGACCACCUAGAUUCGGUGCCCGUCGUGCACCAAACUUCAGAUCCCAUCGCCGAAUUCCCAUCGAUUGGUCCAGCAUUAUCAUCGUCGCGAUGGCUUGGUCUAAAACCACCCGGAUCAGCAUUAUGCUGGCCAUUGAUAUUAUUUUCUUCCUUGUGGAACUGAUAUCGGGUUUUAUGGUCCAUUCCCUGGCUCUAAUGGCGGAUGCAUUCCAUAUGCUGAACGACAUCAUCUCGCUGGUUAUUGGUCUGUGGGCUGUUACUGUCGCUCAGAGAGCUACGACCAACAAAUUCUCCUACGGAUGGGUCCGCGCCGAAAUCCUUGGUGCUGCUUUCAAUGCCGUCUUCUUGAUCGCCCUAUGCGUCUCUAUCAUCCUCGAAGCAUUGACUCGAUUCAUCGAGCCUCAGGAAGUCUCGAAUCCGAUGCUCAUUCUUAUCGUAGGCUGCUUUGGACUCGCGUCCAAUCUUGUUGGUUUCCUGGUUCUGGGAGGACAUGGACACGACCACGGAGGCCAUUCGCACGACGACGAGCACGAUCACGAACACGGGCACGAGCAUGUCCACCAACACGAUAACAUUGCUGCGGCUGAGGAGGGUAGAGCAAGUGCGACGCAAGCAUUGGUAGAUGAAACUGGUCCUGUGCUGGAUGUUCUGCCAGAGGUUGCUUUGGCGCGAGCUCGAGCCGAGAAUGCCUCUCCGGAGACCGUUCGUCAUAUUCAAUUCAACCAACCUGAGAGCGACCAAAAGCCGGGACACGAACGAGGCACUAGCCGGGGUGCUCUGUCUAGGGGCAGAGAACGUCGACGUGCAGGCAGCCUUAAGCAUACCCGCCUAACUAGUAUUGACGACUUUAGCAUUCAUCCGGCCAGCUUCAGACAGGACAUUAUCGACCAUAGCAGGUCGAGUCGCAACGGAAAUGAGACGGAUGAAAGCUCCAAUGAUGACAGCUCUAUCGAUUCCCCGACUCGCGAGGAAUCAGCUAUAGACGAGACUACGCCCCUUAUAUCAAACGAGCGCGUGUUGGACAAGAACUCCGCGCAUAAGGACAAGCAUAUCAGCCGGUCAAGAAGCUCCCAUCAUCAUUUCCGCGCUAGACGUGACUCGGGAACCCAUAUAGAUCACCAUCACAGCAGGCCUAAGUCGAAGUCGAGGAAAGGACACAGCCAUGGCCACAGCCACGCCGACAUGGGCAUGAACGCUAUGGUCCUUCAUGUUUUGGGUGAUGCUCUAGGAAACGUAGGCGUCAUAGUGACGGCCUUGAUUAUUUGGCUUACUGACUGGUCAGGGCGGUACUACGCCGACCCUGCCGUCUCACUGUUUAUUACUCUCAUAAUUCUCAGGUCGGCGAUCCCACUCACCAAGGCGACGGCGCAAGUGCUCUUACAGGCCACGCCCGAUCACAUCAAUCUCCAGGAUAUCAAGGAGGAUAUCCAAGCCCUCCCAGGAGUAAUUAGCUGCCAUCACGUACACGUCUGGCAGCUUUCUGAUACGAAAGUUGUUGCUUCCAUGCACGUGCAAGUUGCGUUUCCUAUUACAAGCGAAGGGGGAGAGAAGUACAUGAAGCUUGCUAAGCAGGCGCGGAAAUGCCUGCACGCGUACGGUAUCCACAGUGCCACCAUACAGCCAGAGUUCUGCCUAGAAGAAGAUUGUAAUCACAUCGAUGAUGGCUCUAUGACGCUAGACGGACAAGCAUCGCCGCGCUCUGGGGGCGAUGUGUGUCUGCUAGAGUGCGUGGAUGAUUGUGUAGGCCAGGGUUGUUGCACUCUGCCUUCACAAGCAGCUUCCAAGGCAGGAUCAAGCCGAAGGUCUAGCCAUUCGGGACCCCAUGAUCACGGUGGGGAUCAUGACCACGAUCAUGAACAUCACCAUCACUGAAGAGGUGUUGGUGAAGUAACAAUUCCCUAUUCGUUCCAUCGGACACUGGGUAUCGGCGUGUGGGUUAGCUAGAUCAUUCGGGCUCGCGUAUCCAUAUGGAUCUCUUUUGUUUCUGAUACGGGGUCUAAUAAUCGUGUACAGGGCGUUACGGAAAAGCGGGCUUGUACAUCAUACACAGUGGAUCAGGAUUAGAGGUGCAUGUUUAUUGACAUUGCGAUGCAUUAUAUGAUCGGCUUGGCUGAUUACGAGUGAGAUGAGACAUUGUUUGCGAAAACUAAAGUUGUGAUGUAGUCUUAAGUAUGUCUGCACUUAUACGGAGAUUUUAAGGCUCCGGUGGUAGGGUACCGAUAGAUACCUCGCAAACCGUGCUACAUAUUAAUGUAGCACCAAGGAGGGUUCAUGUGAACGGUGAGUCUAUCACGAACCUUACCUACCUACAUAGUAGAUCUUGUACCUUGUAUAUACAGGUCUGGUACACCAAAG